AUGCGUGCGGCCGCGAAAAGUGCCUCUCACGUCUCAGCAGCAGGCAAUUCGUCGCCUGUUGUCGUGGAUCGUCCACGUGAGCUCAUCUAUUCUGGCGAGUCGGAUGAUGCAUCCGACUCGAAGGCGACUCCAUACGCCUCGGGAUCACCCGGGGUGGACACUGCAAAAGCCAGGCUGACUGGAUCUGGUCAGCGCGGCAGCUUAAUGACCAAAAUCUUCGGAUCGAGUGAUUACUCCGAUGAGUCUCCGCCUCGCGCGAGCUCAUCCAACGAUAGGACGCGUGGUGAUGGCGGUGAUGCCUUUAAGCAUCACCACGGGCGAAGUAACUCGAGGGAUCGAGGUAACACUGGUGCCAGUGCUCAUGCUGGCACCAAUCAAGAGGCCAGGGACCGGAAUGUCCUGCGCCACGCUCCUUAA